AAAUGCAACUUGUGAUUCUUCGGCCCUGUUUCUUCUUAUAACUUUAGAUGCUUUACAGCGGCUCUCAGGAUGCCGCCGCAAACGCUUUCCGCGUCAUACGUGGUUCCUGCUGUGAGCUUCUCAUGCGCCGAUUCAGCAGCAAAUGCGGUCCCUGAGGAAGCGAACAGUUUCUCCUCCCUUCACGGAGGUUAUCAUGAAAACCAAUCAAAUUUUCGAGCAAUUCAUCAAUUGGAAGUCAACUCAAGUGUUACAGUCGCAAAACUCACUGAUAAUAAUCAGUGUCAGUACUUGGAUGAGGCGCUUGGACAUGAUCUGACCUGCAAGAAUUUCAUCUUCGACGAUUCAGUGUUCCGCUCAACCAUCACCAGCGACUACGAAUUGGUUUGCAGUCGUUCGUACUUGCGUCCGAUGUAUACGUCGUUGUACAUGUUUGGAGCCAUGUUCGGCGCUGCAGCAGUGGGCUACAUGGCAGAUUGGAAGGGUAGGAAGUUGCCAAUGACCGUAGGAAUCAUCGGCUACGCGCUCACUCCCGUCGCCCUGAGCGUCAUCCCGUCACUCGAGGUCAUCCUCUUCUGUCGUCUGCUGCUGGGGUUCUUUCAUCCUAUUUUGCUGACAUCCUUUUAUACGAUUGCAUUAGAAGUGACUCAACCGAAGCACCGAGCGACUGUGGGAGUGUUGGUAGCCCUGCCGUGGGCGCUAGGCACUGUAGCCUGGGCUGGACUCGGAUACCUAAUCAGGGAUUGGCAGUGGCUAAUGCUUACUGCGACUGUCCCUUCUGUUUUCUUCCUGCCCUGUAUCUGGCUGAUAGAUGAGUCACCGCGAUGGCUGGUCGUUCACGGACAUCACGACAAGGCGAUCGAAGUCUUCAGGAAAGCGGCAAAAAUCAACGGAAGCGAGCUGCCCAGCGAAGCCGAACUGCGAAGCAUCAUGGAGAUCACGCAAAAAAAUGCUGCGGUUAAUGAUGCCAAAAGAUGCGCAACUACAACAGGUGCAUUCAAGAAACUUCUCAAGGGGAUCGGUGUUCUCUUCAGUACUCACACCCUUCGCCUGCGAACCUUUACGAUGUGGGUGCUUUUCUUCGUGGCUUCAAUGGUCUUCUACGGUCUAUCGCUGAGCGCGGUGGCGUUCAGCGCAGACCCCUUCAUAUACAUGGCGGUCGGUGGGCUGAUGGAGGUACCCGCCUACACAUUAACUGCUCCUAUCAUCGACUAUUGGGGCAGAAGGCUGCCUACAUCGGUGUCUUACUUAGUGUGUGGAAUCAACAUCCUCGCCCUCACUUUCAUACCCAAAGGCGUGGGUUGGCUGGUGAUCACUCUGGCGAUGAUAGGCAAGCUGGGGAUCAGCAUGGCGUAUCAGAUCAUCUACAUGUACAUACUCGAGCUCUUGCCAACCGAAGUACGCCUCCAGGGCCUCGGAUCCUCUAUGAUCGCUUCCCGAGUUGGCUCCAUCUUGUCGCCUUUCAUCACCGACGUCCUGGGUGAGAGCGUCCCAUGGCUACCGUCUGUCAUCUUCGGGGGAGCCAGCAUAGUCGCUGGGCUCAUGACCCUGCUUCUUCCUGAGACGAACAAGCAGCACAUGCCUGACACUGUCGCCGAGCUCGACCAGACUCAAGUUCUGCCCGACAAGAAACAAAUGGACAGGAAAGUAACCAUAGAUAUUCAAGAGACUGAUGAAAUUACUGAGAAGCCGUCAAGUAAGUUCAGGAGAAUGCGUCAGUGGCGCCAACAAACGGGACAUCCUAAGAGGACGAGCGCAGCCGGCGGAGUUCCUCUCAUGUCGCGUCCUGAGUUCCGGAAUAUUAUCGCAGAAAAUAUGCAUAAACCUCAGAGUGUAAUAGAAGAGACAAGUAAAACUAAAAAUCAAGAGGAAAUCUACUCUCGAGGCAGCGAGGGGCCUCGAGGCAGCAAAGUGCCCUCAAGGCAGCUGUCACGAGACGAGCGUCGAGGCAGCGAGGUGCCCUCAAGGCAGCUGUCACGAGAGGGCCUCGAGGCAGCGAGGUGCCCUCAAGGCAGCUGUCACGAGACGAGCGUCGAGGCAGCGAGUAAAAGUAUCAUCGUUAUAGCAAUGACAACUGAACCAAAACUAGAAGAUUUGGAUGAUAUAUUGACGCGCUUGAAAACAAAGCGUUGGAAUAUUGUCACAUUCGUCUUAUGUGCUACAUCGGCGCUGAUUCGUCCUCCCCAUGCGUUUUCUGGAGCGUUUGUGGCGCCUAUUUUGAACUUCACAUGCGCCACAAAAGCUUUUGUAGAGAUGGACAUCCUCGAGUCCGAGACGCUGCUGUUCAACACCUCCGCUGCCCGGGGCCUCGACGGUGACCAAUGUUAUUACAGAGACGAAGAGCGAGGAGCUUACGCUGCUUGCCGUGAUUUCAUCUACGACAAUUCCGUGUUUUACUCAACUUUGACUUCCCAGUACGAUAUGGUGUGUGGCAGAGCGUACUUGCGUUCCACCUACAGUUCUGUCUACAUGACCGGCGCCAUGUUGGGCUCCUUCAGCGUCGGUUACCUCGCCGACUGGAAAGGCCGUAAGCCGGCCAUCGUGACCAGCAUUGUUGGGUACUUGGUGGUACCGGUGAUCAUGAGCUGGACUCCAUCCCUUCUGGUGAUAAUGAUUGCCAGGUUUAUUUUAGGCUUUCUUCAGCUUUUCUGCUUCGCCGCCUUCUAUACUGCCGCAAUGGAAGUGUGCGAGGCGAAAAAUAGAGGCAAAGUAGGAAUGCUGGUUGCCUUCCCCUGGGCGAUUGGGACCAUGACUUGGGGCGGAGCGGCAUACCUCUUACGGGACUGGCAGUGGCUUAACUUUGCGACCAUCUUGCCACCAGCUUGCCUUCUGCCAUGUCUUUGGUGGUUGGACGAGUCGCCUCGAUGGCUUGUGGUGCAUGGCCAUCAUGAUAAAGCGCUCAAGCUUCUCAAGAAAGCCGCCAAAAUCAACAAGUGCUCGGAACUGCCGAGCGAUGCGGAACUUCUGGAGGUCAUGGAAUGCACGCAAAAGAAAGCUGCCAUCAACAAUGGUAUUAGCGGAGGUCGCCAGCUGCUUCUGCUCCUGAGCACAAGUGAGCUGCGAGGCAGAAUGGUGGUGAUGUGGUCACUGUUCUUCAUAUCAGCGUUCAUAUUCUACGGACUGGCCUUUAGUGCUGGAGUGUUAAGUGCAGAUCCCUUCGUCUAUAUGGUGCUGCUGGGUGUAGUCGAGAUACCUGCGUACGUGGCUGCGGCUCCAAUGCUCGACUUUUUCGGCAGGAAGCUACCUAUUAGUUUCUCCUACCUCAUCGCGGGGAUUUCAAUCAUAUGCCUCGUCUUCAUUGAUAGAAACAAGAGCUGGCAGGUCCUCACCCUGGCUAUGAUCGGCAAGAUGGCUUCCACGUCAGCGUACCAAGCGCUUCAUAUUCCUCUGUCAGAACUCGUUCCCACAGAGGUGCGGGUUCAGGGAAUCGGAUCAUCGCUUUUCCUCUCAAGAAUUGGAGCCAUCAUCGCGCCAGUCAUUACCGAUACCGUGGGGGAGAAACUGCCGUGGUUGCCACCACUGGUAAUCGGCAGUGCGAGUGUCGCCGCAGCGCUGCUCGUGUUGCUGCUGCCUGAGACCAAGAAACUACCAAUGCACGACACGCUCUCUGAGCUCUGGUCCAAGCAGCACCCUGGACGAGAACUCAAGCUAACUCAAAUAGAUUCAUAAAGAUCUUCGUGCGCGGAAAAAAGCCUACAAAACAACAAAUAACCCAAUUACGCGGUACGCGCCUUUUAAUCUCGUACUAUAUUUUUAAUUUUUCUUUCCUCUAUCUGACGACUCUGUGCCGCCUUUUAUUCUCUUACACACUUAUCCGUUGCACCGCACCACCACCAUCUCCAGCGCACGCAAAAAAGAAGAAUCCAUUGAUGAUGGAGCUGCGCGCGGCUUUAGAACGCAAUUCCGUUUUGACAUUCACUUACGAAUUUGGAUAAAAUCGCACGUUGCCUUUUCUGGACGUCCUGGUGCAAGACGAUAAUAAUUCGUUCGUCACUAAAGUUUAUCGAAAACCUACAGACGUCGGAAAGGUCCUGAACCAAGAAAGCGAAUGUCCCCAGCGCUACAAAAUCAGCACAAUACGCGCCUUCAUACAUCGAGCGUUCAAGACCUGUACCUCUGCUCGUGACUUAAAAACUGAACUCCGAACCUGCAAACAAAUUCUUGUCAACAACGGCUAUGCAAACAAAACGAUUGACAAAGAAAUUUCGAAUAUCAGAGCCCGUCAAAACCGAACAGAUGAUUCCCCAUCAAGAGGUUGCGUCAUCAGAAUUUACUAUCAAAAUCAAAUGAACGAUGGUCAUAGGACUGACGAACGAGUCCUCAAUUCAAUUGUGCAAAAUAACAUCAGCUGCACAACAGUAACUGAUCGAAUACAACUUAUGAUUUACUACAGAAACAAAAAGAUCAAGAAUUUAAUCAUGAAAAACAAUCCAUGUAAAAAGUCCGGACCGCUACAAGAAACCAAUGUUAUUUACAAAUUUUCCUGCAUGAAAGAAGGUUGUAGACUUCUCCAAAAUGUAAAUUACAUCGGUUUGACAAGCACAACAUUGAGUCGUAGACUCACAUGCCAUCUGCAAGCUGCAGGACCAAAGAAUCAUAUG